GCCUCCCAGUAACCUGGGCAACCGCUCCGAAGUUCCUCCCCCACUUCCGGGUUUAGGCUCCGAUGUCCCGCCCCACGAGGGGUGGCUGCUUCGCGUCCCGCCCUCCUCGCCAGGAGUCAGUGGGUAGGGGUCGGGCUUGAAGCCAUCGCUGCAGGACUGUUCUUGUGUUCCCGGACGCAGACCAUGGAGAGCGCGCUGGCGGUGUCCCGGCUGCCCCCGCAAGAUCCGGGGACGCCGGUGCUGUCGGUGGUGGACAUGCACACGGGCGGCGAGCCCCUGCGCAUCGUGCUGGCUGGGUGUCCGGAGGUGUCCGGGCCCACCCUGCUGGCCAAGCGGCGCUACAUGCGCCAGCACCUUGACCACGUGCGGCGACGGCUCAUGUUCGAGCCCCGAGGGCACCGGGACAUGUACGGGGCGGUCCUAGUGCCGAGCGAGCUGCCGGAUGCGCACUUGGGCGUCCUGUUCCUGCACAACGAGGGCUACAGCUCCAUGUGCGGCCACGCAGUGCUGGCGCUGGGCCGCUUCGCCUUGGACUUCGGGCUUGUGCCGGCGCCCGCUGCGGGCACCCGCGAGGCCCGCGUCAACAUCCACUGCCCGUGUGGGCUGGUGACCGCCUUCGUGGCGUGUGAGGACGGCCGCAGCCACGGCCCGGUGCGCUUCCACAGCGUCCCGGCCUUCGUGCUGGCAACAGAUCUCAUGGUGGACGUUCCCGGACAUGGAAAGGUGGUGGUGGACAUUGCAUAUGGCGGUGCAUUUUAUGCAUUUGUUAGUGCUGAAAAGUUAGGACUAGACAUUUGUUCUGCAAAGACCAGGGACCUUGUGGAUGCAGCGAGUACAGUAACAGAGGCAGUGAAAGCUCAGUUUAAAAUUAAUCAUCCUGAUAGUGAAGACCUUGCCUUUUUAUAUGGAACCAUAUUAACAGAUGGAAAAGAUGCUUAUACCAAGGAACCAACCACCAACAUUUGUGUUUUUGCAGAUGAACAGGUUGACAGAAGUCCCACUGGCUCGGGAGUGACAGCCCGAAUUGCCUUACAGUAUCACAAAGGGCUUCUGGAACUGAACCAGACCAGAGCCUUCAAAAGCAGUACCACUGGCUCAGUAUUCACAGGAAAAGCUGUGAAGGGCAACUUCCUGGGAGCUAAGGCUACUAAAAGGUAGAAGCCACAGUACUCAUCUGCAGAGCGCUUACAGCCUCAGCAAGGACCUUCUGGCUUUGUAACAACAAUCAGCCAUAACAAGUUUACUUGUGGAGAAGAAAAGGCGUAGCAUUUUCAGAAGAGGCUAUCAAAGAAAAGAGAUGAACUUGGAAGCAAGAGAUAUGCAGGUAUAAGUCAGCCACCCAUUUGACCCAGUGUAGAUACUUACACAAUCAAUACCUCAAAAGGUGAAGAAAGAAUGAUUCUCAAAAUAAUCUAAGAGUUUGACCUUUCCAUCUGCUUACUAUGAGUAUGCAAUUAUAGUGACUUUGUGGGAAAAGGAGAAAGAAAAGCUAUGAAAUAAUGGAAUGGAUUAAAUAUUGAGUACUAUGUAAAGGCCAGAAUGUAAUCCUUCAUGUCUCAUUCUGCUUCCCGUUUGGGUAUUUCAUUUGGGAGGAAAUAAUGCAGCAACAGGUAAUACUCUGUAUAGUAGGUGCAUUAGCUUAUUUAAUCCUCAGAGCAAUCUUAUGAAGGCAUACUAUAUUAUCACUCUCCCCAUUUUACAGAUGAGAAAACCAAGGCACAGAGGUGUUAUGUGAUCACACAGCUAGUAAGUGCUAAACAUGAGAUUUGCACCUGGCAGACUGGUGCCAGAAGUCGUCUCUUAACUGCUAUACUGUACUGCCUCUGUCUUUUGAAAAAGACAAUGAGAAACCUGGGAAAGUGCCAAGGAAGAUAAAGACAACUAUCAAAGGGAUAGGAAAACAGCAUAACAUUUAAAAGAAAAGAUUUUGUUUUUGAUUUGGAAAACAACUAUAUGUGUGUGUUUUAAAAAAAUACAUAUGAAGAGUUUCUGAGCAGUUGUUUUCUGGAAAAAUUCCACUCAAGAUGACCCCAGUCAUCCAACUUCCCCAUUCCUGCUCUAGCACAUCUGAACACCAUUGGAGAAAAAUUACAGAAUCAGGUCAAUUAGUACCCACUGCACUUAGAAUCCAUAGCCUUGCCUGCCCCUUCCACCCUGCUGGCAAUCUCAGCAUUUUCACAUGUCAGCUCACUCCUUCUGCCCCCUUUUGUGACCCUUCAAACUUUCUCCACUCAAACAUUUAACCAACCCUAACCUCUUGGAAUGUGACGUUUGUUGCUACUUCUCCACGAAAAUAGAAGCCAUCAGAUACACAUUUCUUCAUAUUUUAGCCACUGAACCUAACUAAACUAGAUUUGUACUAGUUCUCAGCUAUGUUUUCCAGUUAUAAUGAAGCUGGUCUCUUCUCCAGCCUCGGAAAUCUCAUGCUAUCUAUUAUUUCUGUUCCCUGGUAUCCUUAGCCUUCCCACUGAACCAUAUCCCUGCCAUGAGCACUUAAGCAUGCCCUGAUCUCUCACUUGAGAAGAAAAAUUCCCAUUCUUCCCUCCUUUUCUCUCCCUCAGUUCCUUUCCAUCAGCUAACUCAUAGAAAGAAUUGCCUGUACUUUUACAAUUGAUCUAAAUUCUAGUCUACACUUUUAGUAGUAUAAGAAAGAAAGUAAUUAUUUUUCUGCAACCCGGUAUCUUACUCUGCCAGAUGGCAAAACUUAAGAUGACAGCAUCUAGGUUCUAGGGGCUUAUUAGUGCCAAUGCACUGGUGAACCUAAGUCCUCAAUUGUCAUCCAUUCACCCUGGCAUCUGCAAAGGCAUCCAUCAGUCUGUCUCUGCCCUUAUAUCCAUGGCUUGCUGAAUAAUUAUUUCCCACUUAAGUCCAAGAGGACCCAGCUCAAAUGACCACUUUGGAGCCCCUCUCUAAACACAGAAAAAUCAUGACUCCACCUCAGAACCAUAGAGGGUUGUGACCACACCCAUUAGGAGGUCACAGGCUGCUUUUUAAAAAUUUUUCAGAUAUUUUUGAUUUUUGAUAUAUUUUGAUAUUGUUGGGUCAAUAAAUCAAAAUUAUACAUAAAACAUGCAUUGGAAGUUCCACUUCUGGAAUGGCAAUGAAGAGCUCUGUGGAUCCCAACAAGUGUAACUGGUGAACAUUAGUUUCAAGACAAUCAUUUUAAAUCUUUUUAAAUUGUCCUAAUGGCAUAUCGAAAAUGGAGAAACAUUAAUUAAGAAAAUCUACUAAAACUCAGUAAGAAUAGUGAGUCUGUGGCAUU